AUGGCCCCCAAACGCCAGAAUUCGCUCCCGCCUCAAACUAAGAAACCGAGACUGCCUCCCACCCCGAGGCCAGAAGAGACGUCGAAGACCUCUGUGAACUUGCCGCAAGGAGAAAAAGAACAGCAGGAAGCAAUUGAACAUAUUGAUGAAGUACAAAAUGAAAUAGACAGACUUAAUGAACAAGCCAGUGAGGAGAUUUUGAAAGUAGAACAGAAAUAUAACAAACUCCGCCAACCAUUUUUUCAGAAGAGGUCGGAAUUGAUCGCCAAAAUCCCAAAUUUUUGGGUAACAACAUUUGUCAACCAUCCACAAGUGUCUGCGUUGCUUGGGGAGGAGGAUGAAGAGGCACUGCAUUAUUUGACAAGAGUUGAAGUGACAGAAUUUGAAGAUAUUAAAUCAGGUUACAGAAUAGAUUUUUAUUUUGAUGAAAACCCUUACUUCGAAAAUAAAAUUCUCUCCAAAGAAUUUCAUCUGAAUGAGAGUGGUGAUCCGUCUUCAAAGUCCACUGAAAUCAAAUGGAAAUCUGGAAAGGAUUUGACGAAACGUUCAAGUCAAACACAGAAUAAAGCCAGCAGGAAGAGACAGCAUGAGGAACCAGAGAGCUUCUUUACCUGGUUUACUGACCAUUCUGAUGCAGGUGCAGAUGAGUUAGGAGAGGUUAUCAAAGAUGAUAUUUGGCCAAAUCCAUUACAGUACUAUUUGGUUCCUGACAUGGAUGAUGAGGAAGGGGAAGGAGAAGAAGAUGACGACGACGAUGAGGAAGAAGAAGGAUUAGAAGAUAUCGAUGAAGAAGGGGAUGAGGAUGAAGGUGAAGAAGAUGAAGAUGAUGAUGAGGGGGAGGAAGGAGAGGAGGAUGAAGGAGAAGAUGACUAAUGGAACACUGAUGGAUUCCACCCUUCCUUUUUUCAUUUUCUCCAGUCCCUGGGAGCAAGUUGCAAGUCUUUUUUUCCCCCCCCUCUUGUGCUCAGUCGCCCUGUUUUUGAGGUCUCUUUUCUCUCCUUUAUACCAUGGUUCUCAACUUAUUUUGGGGGGAAAUACCUUGAGCAGAAUACAGUGGGAAAAGAAUCUCUACCCCUUUCUGUUCCAAAUUCAUUUUUAUCCCUUCCUGUCUCAACAAAAACUUUAUGGAAUCAACACCACCGUGCUCUGUGGGAAAAAAGAAAAACCUUCUGCUCCCUUAGCUCUGCUGGAAGCUGGAGGGUGCUAGGCCCCUGUGUAGUAGUGCAUAGAAUUCUAGCUUUUUUCCUCCUUUCUCUGUAUAUUGGGCUCAGAGAUUACACUGUGUCUCUAUGUGAAUAUGGACAGUUAGCAUUUACCAACAUGUAUCUGUCUACUUUCUCUUGUUUAAAAAAAAGAAAAAAAAACUUAAAAAAAUGGGGUUAUAGAAGGUCAGCAAAGGGUGGGUUUGAGAUGUUUGGGUGGGUUAAGUGGGCAUUUUGACAACAUGGCUUCUCCUUUGGCAUGUUUAAUUGUGAUGUUUAACGGACAUCCUUGCAGUUUAAGAUGACACUUUUAAAAUAAAAUUCUCUCCUAAUGAUGACUUGAGCCCUGCCACUCAAUGGGAGAAUCAGCAGAACCUGUAGGAUCUUAUUUGGAAUUGACAUUCUCUAUUGUAAUUUUGUUCCUGUUUAUUUUUAAAUUUUCUUUUUGUUUCACUGGAAAGGAAAGAUGAUGCUCAGUUUUAAACGUUAAAAGUGUACAAGUUGCUUUGUUACAAUAAAACUAAAUGUGUACACAAA